AUGCAACAUGGAUCCAGGGUACAAGCCUCACUCCAAACUGAUGGGGUGAGCUCUACAACCUCCACUGUUUCAGCAAUUUUGGGUUCCAGCUCCAGUGGAACUCAGGCAUCAUCUGCUGUUGUUUCCACUACUGGAACUACAUCCACUGUCAGCACUUUAGUUACUGCUGCACCAAAAUUGCCAUCUGAAAUCACAGGGAAGACUGUUGAGGAGAUUAUCAAGGAGUGGAAUGCUGAGUUGCAAGAGCGAACUGGAAAAUUUAGAAAACAAGCAAAUGCAAUAGCUGAAUGGGAUCGCAGGAUUUUGAACAAUCGUGAUGUGCUAUUGAGGCUUGAGAUUGAAGUGGCAAAAGUAGUUGAGACACAGUCAAAUUUGGAGCGGCAAUUGGAGUUAAUCGAGACUCAUCAACAGGAGGUUGAUAAGGCUUUACAAAGUAUGGAGGAAGAAGCUGAACGUAUUUACAAGGAUGAACGUGGUUUGCUUCUUGACGAUGAAGCUGCAUCUACAAGAGAUGCAAUGUAUGAGCAAUCUGAAUUGAUUGAAAGGGACCUUGAGCAGAUGACUGAACAAAUCAAAUCGGUUAUCCAAUCCCUUAAUUCAAACCAGGGUGGAGAACUUGAUAGCCUUGAUGGAAUGACUCCAUUAGACGCAGUUGUUCGAAUUCUAAAUAAUCAACUAACCUCUCUGAUGUGGAUUGAUGAAAAGGUUUUUCCCAUGAGAUGGGAGGGAUUUGAAGAUGCUGAGGAAUUUUCUUCCCGUAUUCAGAAGCUAGCUAACCAAGGUUCUGCUUCAGAUCGUGAACUGACGGGUCCAGGAAUCUGGAUUGCUACUCAUAGUGGGAAGAAAACAGAGUAA